CCCCCCCUUCCCUGCCCAUCUUCUAUUUUUGCUUCUCCUCCUUCGGCGGCUGGUGCAGCAGUAACAGCUCCUGGAUGGACCCCUCCGCGGCUUCCCUUCGCCCGUCGCCUUCCUCCGGCAACUGAAGCGAGAUGCAGGAGGCUGGUGGCCGCUUCGGCUGUACGGAGAGACACAGGCGCAAGAUGGCAGAUUUCUAUUGAGUUUAAAGGGGCGGUGGGGGAAGCCGAAGUCCUGCUUCGUUUUUUCUUCCGUUGCCAUGAAUAACAGGAUCCCUUGCACCGAUGGCUCCCAUGUACGAAGGUAUGGCCUCCCAUGUGCAAGUUUUCUCUCCUCAUACCCUUCAAUCAAGUGCCUUCUGUAGCGUGAAGAAACUAAAAGUCGAACCAAGUUCUAACUGGGAUAUGACUGGGUACGGCACACAUAGCAAAGUCUAUAGUCAGAGCAAAAACGUGCAAUCUUCUCAAGCGGCCGCUGCCAUCAAUGCCUCUCUCCAAAUUCCAAACCCCAGCAUCCCUUAUGAGCAGACCAUCAUCUUCCCAGCCAGCACUGGGCACAUUGUGGUAACAUCUGCCAAUAGCACCUCUGGUGUGGUUGCAGUAUCUGGGCAGGCAUUGGGCGGACCACACAACCUGAUGCGUCGAAGCACUGUGAGCCUUUUGGAUACCUACCAAAAAUGUGGACUUAAACGGAAAAGCGAGGAAAUCGAGAACACAAGCAGUGUUCAAAUUAUUGAAGAGCAUCCACCGAUGAUUCAGAAUAAUGCCAGUGGGGCCACAGUAGCCACCACAACAACGUCCACUGCCACAUCCAAAAAUAGUGGCUCCAACAGCGAAGGGGAUUACCAGUUGGUACAACAUGAAGUGCUGUGUUCCAUGACCAACACAUACGAAGUAUUAGAAUUUCUUGGCCGUGGUACUUUUGGGCAAGUUGUGAAAUGCUGGAAACGUGGCACCAAUGAAAUUGUGGCCAUCAAGAUUCUUAAAAACCAUCCUUCUUAUGCCAGGCAAGGUCAAAUUGAAGUGAGCAUCUUGGCUCGGUUAAGCACUGAAAGCGCAGAUGAUUACAACUUUGUCCGAGCCUACGAAUGUUUCCAGCACAAGAACCACACCUGCUUGGUUUUUGAGAUGUUGGAACAGAACUUGUAUGAUUUUUUAAAGCAAAACAAGUUCAGUCCAUUGCCCCUUAAGUACAUCAGGCCAAUAUUACAGCAGGUAGCCACAGCUCUCAUGAAAUUGAAAAGCUUGGGUUUGAUCCAUGCUGACCUCAAGCCAGAAAAUAUCAUGUUGGUGGAUCCAUCUCGGCAGCCCUAUAGGGUCAAGGUUAUUGACUUUGGUUCUGCUAGUCAUGUGUCCAAAGCUGUGUGCUCAACUUACCUUCAGUCCAGAUACUACAGAGCCCCUGAAAUCAUCCUUGGUUUACCCUUCUGCGAAGCAAUUGACAUGUGGUCUUUGGGAUGUGUCAUUGCAGAACUUUUUUUAGGUUGGCCAUUAUAUCCAGGAGCUUCAGAAUACGAUCAGGUUGGUAUGGUUGGUUUUGUUGCUAUUGUGAAUGCAACAAGCACACCUUCCCAGUUCAAACACCUCCUUGGUAUUUUUACAGCAAAAGAUCUCAGUUGGGCUACCUCUGUACAACAAUUGAAAAAUCAAAUCAACCUGCUUGUGGAGCAUCUCAACAAAGUGAGCCAUGUCACCAAGUACCAAGAACAGUUCAACGUUAAGUCCUGUUUUCAAAACAUGGAGAUUUGCAAGCGGCGAGUAAACAUGUAUGACACUGUGAAUCAGAGCAAAACACCAUUCAUCACCCAUGUCGCCCCAAGCACAUCAACCAAUUUAACCAUGACUUUCAAUAACCAGCUCAAUACAGUUCAUAACCAGGAUUGCAAACUUCCCCUUCAAAGCAUGCUGGCUAUUCAGUCCGGAUGGAGAAUGCAGUUCCCAUAGUCACUCAGGCUGCUGGGGCUCCGCCCCUUCAGAUCCAACCAGGGCUUUUAGCACAGGUAAAUAAUUUUUUUUUCCUUUGGAAUUUAUUCUUUGAUAAACUGAUAAAAACUCUGGAAAAAAAGAGAAUUUGGCUGUGCUUUUACUUAUCACCAGAUAGGAAUGUGUUACUUAAAAGUUUUCUUUUGUUUUACAGCCCCCUGUCUAAGCAAAGAAAAAACGUCAUCAGCUGUGUAACUGUGCACGAUUCGCCAUAUUCUGAUUCCUCUGGCAACAGUCCAUACGCAGUGCAACAUCGUGGCGGAAACAAUAAUGGAAACAAUUAUGAGACAAAGGUUGCACCAGAGUCACACUGUAAUGGCAAUCCUCGGACGAUCAUUGUACCACCGCUGAAAACCCAGGCCAGCGAAGUCUUAGUAGAAUGUGAUAGCUUGGUACCAGUCACUACCAGUCACCACUCAUCUUCCUGUAAGUCAAAGUCCUCUAGCAUUGUGACCUCGACCAGUGGUCACUCUUCAGGGAGCUCAUCUGGAGCCAUCGCCUACAGGCAGCAGCGGCCAGGACCACACUUCCAGCAGCAGCAGCCUCUUAAUCUCAGCCAGGCGCAGCAACACCUUGCAACCGGGAGCCAUCGACGGCAACAGGCUUACAUCACUCCAACAAUUGCUCAGGCACCAUAUUCCUUCCCACACAACAGUCCUAGCCAUGGCACAGUCCAUCCUCACUUGGCUGCAGCUGCCGCCGCCCAUCUGCCAACUCAACCUCAUCUAUACACAUACACAGCACCCGCGGCUCUGGGUUCCACAGGCACCGUGGCUCACUUAGUGGCUUCCCAAGGCUCAGCCCGACACACCGUACAGCACACUACUUAUCCAGCCAGCAUCGUCCACCAAGUUCCGGUCAGCAUGGGCCCCCGUGUCCUUCCAUCACCCACAAUCCACCCAAGUCAGUAUCAAGCUCAGUUUGCCCAUCAAACCUACAUCAGUGCAUCUCCAGCCUCCGUCUACACUGGAUAUCCCUUAAGUCCUACAAAAAUCAACCAGUACCCGUACAUCUAAACACUGGAAUGAGAAAAACGAAAAGACAUUUCAGCGCACAUGGAGAGGAACAUGGCUGCUUUUAUACUGAAGAAUGUCACAGGCAAAUGAACAAUGCAAAUGGGAGAUUCCGACAAAACUUGAACGAAGGAGACUUUAAGGAAGAAAGCAGACAAAAGAAGACGAGACACGUUCUACACUUUUAUUUAAAAAAAGAAAGAAAAGAAAGAAAAAAAGCUAAAAAGAAUGAAAAAUAAAAAUACAAAAAAAUAAAUAAAAUUCUGCACCAAACCACAUAGUGGGAGAAGCAGAAGGACCCCUGUUGUCUGGUCCUGUUUUGGAUUACUUCACCAAGAGACUUUUACAGAUUAUUUUCAUCUGAUUACAGGAGACUCCGUUUAGGAAUUCGUUGUUCAAAUCUUCUAAUACAAAGUUUCAUAGGUGUUUGGGUAUAUUUUUUUUAAUUAAACAAAGAAGCAUACAAAUUAGGGAUUUAUCCAGAAUUUCAAAAGGGUUAUGACUUUGUCUUUGCACUGGUUGCUGUAACCCAAAAUAAAUAAAAACACAACAAAAAGUGUGAUGUGUUUUCUGUUGGUAAUGGAAUGAGCAAAAAACGAGAGCCGUUUUGGAUUAUUCCAGCUCUCCCAAUAAGUCUAGAAGCAUUAGAAAGUUGGGAAGAUAGAAAAAACACUGAGCAGAAAACACUAUCUGAUGAAAUCAAAGGUCGUGCUGAAUAUUUGUUCUUACUCUGAGCAUCCUGGAUAAAUCCCUUUUCUUAAAGGAAAAGUCUUUAAUAAUGUAUGAUAGAAUCUCAACUUCCUUACUUGAAAAUACUUUCCCCCCCCCCUUUAUUUCUCUGAAUAACCCUUCAUCAUUUUCAGUCCAAUCCUAACAUUUGCCUGCUCUGGCUGAUGGCUACUUUGGUCACCACUUCACAAAGCACAACAGUGUGUGCUCUUGCUGUUGGAACAUAACAGCAGUACUGGGAGCAGGUACCACAAUCCCAAGUGUUUAGGAUUGGGUUGCUAGUGUAGGAGUAGAAGUUCUAGCUGGCCCUUGGUAGAAUGUAGCACUAUACAUCCAUACAGCCGUUUUCUACUUUGUGUUAAGCUCCAGUGAUACCAAUAGACUUUUCCUCAAUGUUAUUGCACAAAAAAAGUGAUAUAACAUAGGCAUGUAACAAAUGUGAUUGUCCAGGUAUAUCUGUGUCUGCGUGUGUGAGUGUGUGCGCAUGUGCGCGCUGAUGCUGCCUUUUUCUUGUGGUGUGGUCCUCAGCACAGCCAUUUUACACUGUCACAGUCUUAGUUUUAAAUCAUUCCCUUGUAGUGCCUUACCAAACGACAGUUGCAGUUUUAAGGGUUUACUUCCACUGGUACGCCUAGAAACGGACUGAGGCUCGUUCAAAUGUAAACUCAGCUCCUUUUUUCUCCUCCUCCUCCUCCUCUUCUUCCUUAUUUUUGAUUGCUUUCCUUUUUUUCUUCUUCUAGACUUUCAAAAACAAAAAUUUAAUGUCUUUCUUGGGUAAGUUGCAAGGGCCAAAGGAAGGCUGCUGGGAGUUUGCUGGAAUAGAACAAUCAGUGGACCUAAGAAAGGGUGUUUUUUUUUUUCUCGGGGUGGGGUGUGGUGGAUUUGAGAUGUCUGGAUGAGUUCUUAGCCCCUAAAGCAGCUUUCCAAGGAAUUCCAUUGUCUCAAUUGUGUUAUUAGUUGAAUUUCCUUCUAGGAUGCUCAAUUCUCCAUAACGUUUGAAAGUAUGAAUAGAAAAAGGGGUGGGGUGGGGAGGUGCCCAGGCCUUCUUUGGAUUAUUAAUAUGUAGUACCUCGUGUUCAAUUGCUUUGCCUAAACUGGGGGAGGGCGUAAGGGUGGAGUGGGUGAAGGGCAAUGACGUGGAACGAACUUUAUAUAUUUUCAUUGGACUGGUUUCAGAAAUCUGAGAAGAAAGAGGUAUUCUUUCUAGAACAUCAGGCUCAGACUGGUGCCAAAAGCUGGUUUGGUUUGGCUUUCUUCUGUUCUUGAGAAGCAGUUGCACUGGAGCUUCAUGUUGUGGACUUGGGAUGGACUCUACUACGCUUAUAGCAGGUCUGACUCUUAGGGUACGGUCUGAACAUGUCUAAGCAACACAUUCUGCAUUUAGGAGCUAGCUUGGAGAUGCCACCAUAACUGUUCAUGGUUUUGAUCAGCUUCCCCCAACUGGUGUUCCCUAACCAGAUGUACAUGAAUCCCACAAUAUCCUGUUGGCUGUGCUAAUUUGGAAUUCUCCCAAGAUAUCUAGAACUAGAUGGGGAAAGAUAUUUUUUUUUUAAUCAGGUGCUUUCUUCGCUUUGUCCCGUUUUGUUCUUACUAUGCUUUUCUUUUUCUUAAAAGUAAUAAUCAUCAUAACAAUGUUAACAGUAGCUCAUCAGACCCUGUAUCUUCCACAAUAAAUUAUUUGUAUUCCCCCCCUACCUUUGGCAUAUUCUUUUUCAGAAGGAUUCCAAAGAGAAGUAUUUGUACAAUAAAAUAACAACAAAAGAAUUAGUAGAUACUUUAUGGUGACAUCACUAGAUUUUUCUGUUGUGUAAGUCUUUACUGUUCCCUCCCCUGUGAUGUUUUACUUGUAUUAGUGGUUUGAAGUUGAUUGUAAAAAGGGCUGUCUGCCUUUCUCAACAGUCAUUAUGGCUUCUAAGCUAAGGCUACCAGAUCUGGGACUGCAAAAAUUUGAAGAUGAUAUCGAAAAAAAAGUAACAGAGUUAUCUUUUAUCUUUUAUCUCUUUACUGUCGUCUAGUGAUCAUCAUGACUUUUUGCAACCCAGAUCUGGUAGCCCCCAAGUAGCAGAGACACCAGUUUGGGAAUGGCGAAGGGAGAAAUGUCAAGGAAUCAGUAUGGCGGUUGUAAAAAUAUGUUCAAAGCCCCUCCUCCUUUUUUAACCAUUUGUGGUGAUGCAUGUAAAGACUGAGCUUUGAUUAUGGGGUUGCCAUCUUGUUUUUUUGUUUUGUUUUUUAAUUUCUGCUAAUAAGUGUCCCAAUUUUUCUGGCUUCAGAAAAGAAGUGCUUAGGCAAUAGGAUAAGAUGUUGGGUUAAGGCAAGUCAGUUAAUUGAGAGAUGAGGGAGGGAUCUUAAGAGGUGGUAAAGAUAAAAAGCUUGCUCAUGAGGGGAGUUGAGAAGAAAGACAAGCAUAGUUGUCAUACUUGGAAGUGGGCACACUUGCUUCACUAGCAGGAAGGAACCCCAAAUAUUAAGGUGGACACUAUUAUUUUUCUGAAGUAAAUCACUGGAAGCAAAACUGGCUUCUUUUCAGCUAUUUAGAAACUGAACUCCAUUUUAUUUUUAAUUUUUAGUAUCUCUCUGCUCCAAAGUAUAGUAGUGUGGUUGGUGGGAUUCAAUCGGUGUGACAACCGGUUUGCUGAGCGCGUGCGCAGUGAGUUUGAAAACAGCUCAAAAAGUUACCUUCUACUGAAGACCCGGUGAGUAAAACACCUGAGGCGCAGCAAUCUGCUUUGCCGCGCCUAUCAGCUGGGCUUCAAACAAGGGAAAUAUAGGUCAGUAUAGCGCAGG